UAUUCUAUUAUUGUGCAUUUACCCUAACUUUCCAUUUGUGUGGUGAUUUUCUCUGAGUUUAUGUUUGAUUUCUUUCGUCAAGGUUUAUAACUAGUGAUUUGGGUAUCGUCUUCCAGACCCUCUGUUUGCUUGCUAAGAAAUCGAAGAAAAAGAGAACUGUGUGAUAUUUUCUUUCUGUACAUUUCGUUGCUCGGAUGAGUGGAGGGUUUAUAAUUUUUCUAAGACUCAAAACUAUGAAUUUCUUUUCCUACCCAUUUUAGCAACCAAUCAGACGAUCACUUUAACUGAAUAACUUCAGCUUAGGGCAUGCAUUUCGAAUUAUUGCAAAAGAAGGGUGCGAUACCAAAAUACUAGUUUUCUUCAUAAAUUGCCUUUAUGGAGGCUGACAGGUUAAACUCUCCAAGCACAUCCGCAAUUAUAUUUGAAGUUCUGGGCCAUCAGCUGCAUUUUUCUCAGGAUCCCAAUUCCAAGCAUCUCGGAACUACAGUUUGGGAUGCAUCAAUGGUGCUCGUCAAAUUUCUGGAGAAAAAUUGUAGAAAGGGAAGGUUUUGCCCUUCUAAACUGAAAGGAAAACGUGUUAUUGAACUUGGGGCAGGCUGUGGAGUAGCUGGAUUUGGCAUGGCAUUGCUAGGAUGUGAUGUAGUUUCAACAGACCAAACUGAGGUUUUGCCACUGCUAAUGAGAAAUGUUGAGCGUAAUACUUCAAGGAUUUUGCAGGAGAAUCCUGGUUCAGAUUCCUUUGGUUCUAACCAGGUUGCAGAGCUCAACUGGGGUAAUGAUGUGCAUAUAAAGGCAGUUGAUCCACCAUUUGACUACAUAAUUGGCACUGAUGUUGUUUACGCGGAGCAUCUCUUGGAACCUCUUUUGAGGACGAUGCUUGCAUUAUCAGGACCCAAAACGACAAUUCUGUUGGGGUAUGAGAUUCGUUCUACAAAUGUCCAUGAAAAAAUGCUUCACAUGUGGAAGAGAAACUUUGAGGUGAAGAUUAUUCCAAAAGCAAAGAUGGACAGCAAGUACCAACACCCAAGCAUCCAACUUUUCAUUCUGAGAUUUAAGCCUCGUGAAGAAAGCAUAGAGAUUAUGACACCAGUUGGUCAGCAAAUUGAUGAGGUUGAAACUAGUAAAGCUGAGCAUGGAGAGGAGGAGGAGGGUGAUGGUAGUAGUGGGCUAGAUGAAGUGGAUGAUUUUGAUGGCGAAAAAGUCAAAGAAGAGAGCAUGCCAGUUACAAAUCUCCAAAAAGGGAAGCUUGGUGAAUGGGAAGCAAGAAGAUAUGGCUCUAUGGCAGCUCGUCUUCUUCGGGAUGUAAAGAUAACUUAAAACUUUUUCAGAGAUGAAGAUGACCUAUCCUUGCCUGGUUGUUGAGAAGACACUGGUUUUUAUGACAUCUACUUUAUUCGACAAACAUGUUGCUUGAUGCCGUGCACAUUUAUCACUUGUUCAAUCUCCUACUCCUUUUGCAUCCAAGACAAACACAGAAUGUGGAGCAGCGCAGCUUCCUUAAUAGAGGGGGAGAGAAAUUCCUUGCGAGGAACCAUGGUGUGUGUCCUCAUGCACAUGUAAGUUUUCAUGUUGCCAUGCUUUGUAACUACCUAAACUUUUCCAAGUGCUUCUAGUUGUGUGGGUACUUUUUGAUAUUGAAUGAGACAUAAGUUUAAUUUCUAUCCUUGUAAUAGUCAGUGUCAUAAAGUAAUAUGCUGCACAGUUGCAGCACCAGCCUAGGGCUUGCCUGAUCCCCAUAUGAGGUAGUCUCAACAGAUGAUGAUGCAACCCCAUUACAAUGGUCUUCCUUUACCUGGUUUGUAUCAGUUCUCAUGAACAACACAAUGAAUAUCUAAACCCUUGGCAGACAUGUCAUAUCUAAUUUAAACCUUGGUAACCUUUUUAUGUUUGUUGUGGACAAGAAAAUAUUUCGAGCAAGAAUGUCUGGAGUUCUUCCCAGAAGUGUCUUUGACAUAAUGCUUGAGCUGGCUAGACUGAUUUUGUCAUGGAUUUCCAAUCAGUUUGUUUCGGAUGAUGGAAACACAUUGCGAUGAGUAGCUCUCAUAUACAAAAGCCAGUGAUGACUAUCCGACAUCGUCUGUUAAAUGAGUAGCUCUCAUAUACUAUCUGCAUCAUUUAACGAAUGAAAUUAGACAUUCGAUUCUCUGUAUACAACUCUCGUUUGUUUUACAGUGCAUUCUUCUUUC